AUGUUCAGGAGAUGCAUAUUGUUAUUAUUGUUCUGUGUGUGCGUAAGAUCAAUACGCGAAAAAGACAUCUUUGAAUUAAGUGCAGACGACAUAAUCGCGCAAGAACUCGGCGAUGUGUACGAAGCACGAGCUUUACUGAAUAGCCUGGCUGUUCACGACAACCGUACGGAAUCUACAGUUGAACCGGUCAAGCUAAACGCCAACAAAACCAAAUCUAACAAGACACAAUCGACAACAGUAAAAAUGCCCAUGGCUACAAUCCCACCAGAAAUAGAAAAACCAAAAUAUAUUAAUACAACACUAAGAGAAUUGAAAAAACGCCGCUUGCAGAGACAAAUUGAAAAAAUAUUGAACACAGAGCCAACACCGGUGUCCAACUACCUGGCCGGUGCGGGUGACCCGACAGUACUGACUCGUAGGUUCGAUCACAUGGUUGCUCAAUUCAAGAUGAAAGACCCAGAAACCCGAAGAGAAAUCUAUGACUCAAAGGAACAACACUGGCCAAAAAUUUGGGCAAAAAGAAUAUUAUGGAAACUUCAGGAGCAUUUUGUGUACGAAGUACGUUACAAAUUAAUUUACCCCCAGCAGCUAAGAAAAAAAUACAUCUCAAACCUCAAGUACAAACUAGGAUUUUUAUUCGGACUGUUGAGGCAGCUCAAAAAUCAGCAAAAAUGGGUGUAUUGGGCGUUUCGGGUUCAUCAUACCAGACUUUCCGCAAUUUACUUUUCUUUUAAAAUGUUUGAAAAACUUGCGAGAUUAGAUGUUGACAUAAGAGAUGUGAUUGAAUUAAUUAAGAAGACAGAAUAUAAGAUAAAUAUACGGAAAGACCCUGAGUUCUACGAGAAAGAAGUGGUCUAA